CACCAUAGGAGCUUUGUGGAUUCAAAGGAUUUGCUUUCCCCUCUCAAAGAGCCGCUAUUCUUUGAUGAUUGGGCAGCGGCAAACUUCAAAGUAAUAAAUCUUAUUUCUGACUGGCUGGCGGCCCACCAAAGUCCUUAUCAAAUUCUAAGAAGUGAUCCCUCACUCCUCAGAUAGUCCGAGGAUAUCUCACAGAGAAGGAGCGCACAAGAGAAAAGACUUCUCUGCAUAAAGAUAUUUUCGCUUAUUGCCAAAUUCUCUGAAAUUAUUAUUUUUGGGUGAUUUAAAGAAGGGCAAAAGUUGAGCAUGGCAGCAGUAGCCAUACUGCGGAAUGAAACACUUCAUACAUUUCUUCAGGAUCGCACUCCAAACUCUUCACCGGAGACUUCAACGCACUCUCCUCUGGCGCUUCUAGCGGCCACUUGUAACAGGAUCGGCCAUCACCAGGGAUCAAGUACAGGUGAUUUCCUACAGGUCCAAUAUGACACGACCAUCGCCUCUCCGUCGCGAAUCUUCCACCCUUGGAGUAAUGAAGGGAACUCGCAAGCCGGUCUCUCCAGCAAUCCGACGCUAGGACUAUCCCCGAAAUCUCAGCUUUCGGCGCACAUCCAGUCCUCCUUCGGUUCCCACCACGAACUCCCUCUCACCCCGCCGGCGGAUCCGUCCUACCCGUAUGACUUCUCCCCCGUGAAAAUGAUUCCAUGUUCAAUGCAAUCACUGCAAUCAAGCUGCCCGCCAACGUACGUCCCUGCUGUCACAUACGCGGCGCCCACUCCAAUUUCCCCCGCAAUGCCAGGCUUCGUCCCCACACACUCUGGCCUCAUCCAUCAGCAACCGAGGCAACUGUCUCCACAUCCGGGAGAGGACAUUCCGUGGUGGAGUCUUCAACAGGGAAGCGCAGUUGGUCAUCAUUCAUCUAUCGGUUCUCAUCGGUUCCCUUUACAGAGGAGUUUGAUGUUGGGGCAUUCGGAUUUUGCGCAAUAUCAGACUCAGAUAGCCGCCCUUCUCCAUACGAAAUCUCCUCUCGCCACCGCUCGGAGAUGCCGUAGGUGCAGGUGCCCGAACUGCCAGUCUUCCAGCUCCACCGAUGAGCCUGGAAAGAAAAAGCAGCACAUCUGCCACAUCCCCGGCUGCGGGAAAGUAUACGGUAAAACGUCGCACCUGAAAGCGCACCUCAGGUGGCACUCAGGGGAGAGACCGUUCGUGUGCAACUGGCUAUUCUGUGGCAAGAGCUUCACCAGGUCCGAUGAGCUGCAGAGACACCUUAGGACGCAUACGGGUGAGAAACGCUUCGUUUGCCCGGACUGCUGCAAAAGAUUCAUGAGAAGCGAUCACCUGGCGAAACAUGUUAAAACGCACCAAAACAAAAAGAGCAAACCGCAGGAAAAGACUGUAGAAUACGUCAAAAGGGAAGAUCUGAGAAGCAUUUAGUGCGCAAAAGCGACUGAAAUACAUUUAUAUUUUCCAUCAAAGCGAACGCAUUGUCCAAUAUUCCACAUGACGUAUUCAGUUGAUCAAUAUUUCAGAUCUUUGGGUGUGGUUUACAGUGACUGGGUAGAAUAUAUUCUGUGUAAAUAUAUUUAGGAAUGUCCACGGGGAACUUUCAGAACGUUGAUGUCUCACCAGCUGAUGUUCCCUGUGUAUAUCACGUAACGCUGAACAAGUUUUGAACUUGGGAUUUAAUCGCUAUCUUCGGUGGAAGAUUACACAUCUUUGUAAAUGUUAUUUAAUAGCUUUUGUUGAAUGAAAGUGUCCGGUUUUAGCCUCGUGCGGGGCAACUGAGCAUGCUCUUGAAAAGAAAUGCUGUUGGGGGAAAAAUGACCCAAAUACUGUGUGAAAAUAAAGACUUUAUGUUUCAUUUCA